AUGCUUCGAAACACCGUAAAAUCAACUGCCACCUCUGCUGCUGCGCGCCACUUUAGCAGCACUAGCCGCAAAGGCAUGAAAGUUCUGUGCGUGCUCUAUCCUGAUCCUGUUGAUGGAUUCCCUCCGCACUACCUCCGCGAAAGCGUUCCCGACAUCUCCAAGUACCCAGAUGGACAGACUGCACCCAACCCCAAGGCAAUUGACUUUACGCCUGGCCAUUUGCUCGGCAGCGUGAGCGGUGAGCUUGGCCUGCGCAAGUUCCUCGAGGCUAACGGCCACGAGCUAGUUGUCACCUCGGACAAGGAGGGCCCCAACUCAGUGUUCGAGCAGGAACUGCCUACUGCUGACGUCGUUAUUUCGCAGCCCUUCUGGCCCGCCUACCUCGAUGCCGACCGUAUCUCCAGAGCCAAGAACCUCAAGCUUGCUCUGACAGCAGGUAUUGGAUCUGACCACGUUGAUCUCGACGCCGCCAACAAGGCCGGCAUUACUGUCGCUGAGGUCACGUACUCCAACUCCAACAGUGUUGCUGAGCACACCGUGAUGAUGAUUCUCGGUCUCGUGCGCAACUAUAUCCCGUCCCACAAGUGGGCCACCGAGAAGCGCGGCUGGAACAUUGCUGACUGCGUUGCUCAAUCUUACGAUGUUGAGGGCAUGGAUGUCGGUGUUAUUGCUGCCGGCCGCAUUGGUUUGCGGGUUUUGCGCCUCAUGAAGCCUUUCGACGUCAACUUGCACUACUACGACUCCCGUCGCUUGCCCGCAGAAGUCGAGAAGGAGCUGAACUUGACUUACCACGACUCUCCGCAGGAUCUUGCUCGCAGCGUCGACGUUCUUUCUCUGCACUGCCCGCUCCACCCCAAGACCCAUAACAUGGUCAAUGCUGAGCUGCUGUCUCAGAUGCGCAAGGGCGCCUACAUCAUAAACACUGCCCGGGGUGCUCUGUGUGUUCGCGACGACAUUGCCAAGUCUCUUGAGGACGGCCACCUCGGUGGCUAUGCUGGCGAUGUUUGGUACCCCCAGCCUCCUCCUGCCGACCAUCCCUGGCGCACUAUGCCCCGUAACGGUAUGACCCCGCACAUUUCCGGCACGUCCCUGUCUGCCCAGGCCCGCUACGCUGCCGGCACCCGCGAGAUCUUGGAGAACUUCUUCAACAACGACCCCAUCCGUGACGUCUACUUGAUUGCCCAGGGCGGCCAGCUUGCUGGUGUUGGUGCCAAGUCUUACACUGUUGAGAAGGGCAAGGCCAGUCCCGGCUCCCACAAGGCCUAG